CCUCGCGUGCGGCUUUUUUUCUCUCCCGGCGAUGUGAGCCAUGGACCCCGGGACUGAAGGAUUGGUGGGCUCGGAGGCCGCCUUUGCGGUCAUCAACGAGGCCUGGUUCCAGAUCCUCGCGAAAGGCGAUGCCGCGGACCUCGCCAGCGCGCCCAACUGUGGCACACCUGCGCUGCUGGACCUUCUCACGGGUGUGGAGCUCUCUACAGGCGUGCUGGGGGCCUACAGCCCCACCAUGCUGCAGGGCGCCGAGCUCCUGGCGGACGCGUGCUGUGCCAGCUUGCUGCUUCAGAAGGAGGACUGGGACCGACUCUUCGUGGCCCUCAGAGAACUCUGGGGCCCCAGCCAGGUCCUCCGCAAGGCGGUAGUGGCAGUGGGCCGGGACAGUCGGUCUUUGCUGGCUCAUGUCGCCGAGGCAAAGGCCGAGGCUCCGAAAGUGGAUGCGGCGCUGGUGAUGCUGCUGCAGGCGGCGGCGCAGCUGGACCGGCGCCGCGAGGGCGUCUUGGCGCUGCUGCGGCGCGUGUUGCCCGAUGGCCCCGCCGUGGCUGCCUUGCCAAAGAUGCAGAGCCUGCUGAGCCUGGUGCGGUGUCGCAGAGGCGCAGGCGACAGCAUUGAAGUUCCGGAGACCGAGGCGGAGCCGGAGCCGCCGCGCGAGGAGAAGCUCGCGCCGUGCCUGGUCACCCCGCAGGACGAGGCGGCCGUAUUGGCUGGCUUGCCGUCACCUCCAAUGAGGAAGAUCGGCUGCAACCUCGCCAAGGGCCUCUUGGUGCAGUACGAGGAUGCAGACACGCGGUGCUGCAUUUGCUUAGAGACCUUCCCGGCGCAGCAGCUGCGGCACUGCGGGAGGGAGGUGUGCGGUGAGAAGGCUUUCUGCACUGACUGCCUGCGGCAACACGCAGAGGCGGUCAUCGACAGCGGCCUUUACGCCGCCCCCGCGGUGCGCUGCCCGGUGUGCAACCAGCGGCUCGCCACCGUGGCCUGGGCGCCCCUGGUGAAGGAGGAGACCUUCGCCAAGUAUCACGAGAACGCGCGGGCACUGCUCACCUAUCGUUGCGCCGCUUGCGACGAGACGGGCUCCUACCUCCGCGCCGUGGACGGCCCUCACGGGUUGCCGGCGUCGGGCAAAUACCCUUUCACCAUGUUGGGCACCGAGGCGCGGGAGAGGCUCUGGCGGGCCUGGCAGGAGUUCUUCCUGGCAGAGGUCCCCGCGGAGAAGUUUCUGCAAGCGGUGCUGGAGGAGUUCUCCUGCGGCAACCGCAAGGGUGGGGCCCCUCCCAGCUCCAUGAGCAAGGUACUCGGUCCCAGUGGCCAAGCCAAUUGGAUCGAGGAUUUGGAGCGGCGAUUGGCCGUGCAACUGGCGUGGAUGAACCGCUUCCCCCAGCAGCGCACGCUUUGCUGCGGCGAGCAGUUCUGCUUCCGCUGCAAAGUCUCCUCCUGGCACCGCGGCGUCACCUGCAACGAGCGCCUGCGGUGCGAGAAAGCACGCCAGGCCCAGCUGUGCCCGGGCUGCGGGGUGCCGACGCAGCGCUCCGAGGGCUGCCGGAAGAUCACCUGCGUCUGCGGCCGGGUCUGGGAGUGGGAAGGCGGCGAGGGCGACAGCAGCGACGAGGAGGGCGCCUUCUCCGAGGAUUCGGGGCCGGAGGAUGACCUCCAGCAGGCGCAGACGGCCGUGAACCUUGUGGCCAUGAACAACAAGGUGCCGGAGGAAACGGUCCGCACCCUGAUCCAGGCCUUGGUGAAUGCCGGCGCCGACGUCAACGACUGGCCCAGCGAGACGCGGUGCCCGCUGCUGCUGGCGGUGCAGUGCCGCAACAGCGCGGCCGUGGCGGCCUUGUGCGAGGUGGGCGCCCGGGUCACCCCGGAGGUCCUGGAGGAGCUGAAGGCGGUGUCCCUGGAGUCCCAGCGCUGCGAGAUGGAGAGGCUGAUGCGGCCACAAGUGCAGGGAGAUCCGAACAUGAGGCUGCCGCUGUGGGUGUGGAUCCAGGCAGGCAGCGCCGCUGCCGUGGAGGCGCUGCUGCGGAACGCGGCCCACGAGGAGGCGGUGGGCGAGGAUGUCUUCAUCGCCCUGCAGCGCAGCAGUGGCGACGAGGAAAGCCGCAAACAGAUCGCCGAGCACCUGCGCGAGCAUGUUGGGGAGGAGCAGUUCGAGAAGAUGCAGACCUUCUCCGCCACCCGGCGACUCCUGAUGGAGCUGCGCCAGGCCUUGGACGAGGAGCGGGACCCGGAGGUGUCGGUGAUUCAGGAGGCGUUGCGCUCGGGCGCCGACCCCAACGCGCGGGAGAAGGAGGAGGAGGAGAGUCUGGGCUUGACGGGCCUUGCGCUGCUGGCGAUGAGCUACCGCUCCAGCCCGGAGUCGGUGACCCGCAGCAUCCACGCGCUCCUGGAGGCGAAGGCCGACUUGGAGAUCGAGGUGGACGAUGGGGCCACGCCGCUGCUGGUGGCGCUGCGCCACCGCAACAUGACCGCCUUGGAGGUGCUCGCCAAGGCGACGGCGGAAAGCAGGAUGGACGCACCCGACUGCUCCAACUGUUGCGGCUCCGGCCCCGCGCCCCGCAUCGUCACGGAGAUCUUGGAUGAGGUGGGCUGCUUGUCCGAGGAUUCUCGGCGCUUGCGGGUGGAGGAGCUGCUGCGCCCGGUGCUGAAGGGCGGCAAUGGGCGCUUGGCGCCUCUGCCGCUGUGGACCUGGGUGGAGCACGGCUCCGUGGCUGCGGUGGAGGCCCUGCUCCGCUCCGCGGAGGCCACCGUCUCGGUGGACGACGUCAUCAGCCUCCAGCGGUGCCGCAGCGAAAAGCCGCGGCAGCAGAUCGAGGGCUCCGUACGACAUUGUCUCGGAGGGGCUGCUGGUCGUGGCGCGUCGGAUCUCUAUCUUCGCGCCGUGGGGGAACCACUCGGAGAUGGAGGUCGGCAGGAGCUCCUGCGCCGGAAGUGCGGCGAGGAGGAGUACGCGCGGCUACGGACAGAGGCGGCCACCCGGCGAUUGCUGCAGGAGCUGCGGGAGGCCUUCGACGACCAGCGGGACGUCCAGCUGAGCAUCAUUCAGAGCAGCCUGGAGCUUGAAGCUGAUGCCAACGCUCAGGAGGAGGAAACGGAGGACGGCGCCGAGUUUCAGGAGGGCAGCUACUCGCUCUCGGCGCUGCAGCUGCUGGUCACCAAUCUCCACGUGGCGCCGGAGACGAUGCAAUUGGGCGUGGCCUGUUUGGUGGAAGCCAAAGCGGAGGUGAACUCGGAGAUGAGCUCGGAGACCCCGCUGCUGUCCGCGCUGCAGAGCCGCUGCGUCGCCGGCGUCAAAGCCUUGAGCCAGCACGGGGCCAGGGUCACCUCCGACGUCUUGGAGGAGCUGAAGACCAUCUCCAGCAGCAAGGUGCGGCAUGCGCUCGAAGACAUCCUCGAGCCGCUGAUCAAGCAGGACAAGCGGCUCCGGUGCCCUCUCUGGGUGUGGGUCCAGAUCGGCGCUGUGGCCUCUGCAGAGGCCUUGGUCCGAAAUGCCUCACAUGAUGAGGAAAUCGAUAUCGACGUCCUGGUGGCUCUCCAAAGAUGUCGAAGCAAUGCUCCCGAGAAGGAAGAGAUCACGAGUCUCCUGCAGGAGUACCUGGGCGAGGAGUUCAAACGCCUGGAAGCCGCGGCGGCCACUCGCCGGCUCCUCAUGGAGCUCCGGGAGGCGCACACGGAGGAGAGGGAGCCGGAGCUGGGCACCGUGUGCGAAGCGCUGGCGCAAGGUGCAAACCCCAACGCGCAGGAAGAGGACGAGGAGACCGACGAGGAGGAUGCCGAGGACGAAGCAGGCAGCAUGGACGACGAGGACGGAGAGGACUCUGAAAAGGAAGACGGAGAAACUGAGCCGGAAGGCGAGUGGGACGAGGAGUCCUGAGUCGCUCCUUGGAGAACCACUCGAGAUCCAGUGCCCUUUCACCGUUUCUAUUUUGGUUGGG